AUGACCAAGUUUGCCCUCGGACAACUAGGGCCAGGGGACUGGAAAAAAUGGCGGAAUUUUCGCAACAAGCAUCGGUCACGUCCUGCCUAUCAAUUCAACGACUUGGUCGAAUUGGAAGCCAAUCGACUUGGCGUGAACAAGUCGAAACUGAAAUCGGGUCAUGGCUUCAAUGGCAGUUCAGCUGGAGAGGCUGAUUCGUUCUUGUUACAAGCUCGACUCUACGUCAAAAAAGGAUGGCAGGAGAUGGGCAUUUGGGGCCCUCAUUUCGAGAGUUUCAUGCAGGAUGGUGACACCGAAGAUGCCGAGCAUGACCGGGGCCCUUGUUAUUCCAGUUGGGCGCUACCACUGGAGAAUGAACUGAGAAUGGAUAUUUUCAACAAAAGCAGGCCAAUCCAUGUAUUUCGACACGAGGUGACCGUUGCCGAAAAGAUGCUUCUCAAUGAGUUGCCUGUGAGGUUGGGCACCGUCGUCGCCAAGGAUCUCCUUACGAUAAAGCCUAUUGCGUAUCGCUUGGUUAGAAGCCAGUGGGAGGACAGAGGGAUCUGGAUUGACUGCUGGGGACAAUUACCGGGAAACCUCUGGGCGCACGAAAUAGCGACCGAGUACUGGUACAGUGACCGCCCUCUCCAGACAAUGCAGUGUCGAAUUAUGCCUCGAGAAAAGACCACGAAGAAUAUCAUGGAAUCCUACCGUCGAAGAAUGAGGAAGAUUAGACGGAGAGUGCACUGGGCACGGACAACAGAUCCCAAUAACUCUAUUGACCAGAGUGAUGAUAUGGGAAGCUCGAGUAGCCUUGAGUCUGAAGAAUGCAACGCCAACCUCAAUAUUUGGACUUGGAAAUUGCACGCAGACCUGUUACAAAGACAAGAAAGCAUGGCCUUCAAAUCUCUCAGAGAAAUCACCAAGUACUUGGAGAUACAAGCACCAGAUCCGUUGAAUAAAGUACCCAAGGCAGAAAAGGGGGUGCAGCCUAUAUGGAGCUUGAGGUCAGGUCGGUGGCAGAGGAAGUUGCCAGUGGUUCCAACGUUUCCAUGUGCUUGGGCCACAAUUGUAUAG